CAAAACCCCAUUGAAAUCAUUUUGUAUAAAGGCAGUGGCUCAGCAUUGGCUGUAUCAUCAGUUCGUCUACAACUGUCUCAAUCCACACACUCCUAAAACAACCAUGCAGUUCUUCGUUCUUGCCACUUUGGUUGCUGUUGCAGUUGCCGCUGAUGUCUACCCUUCCACGCCUGCUCCAGCUUACAGCAAGAGCUACGAUUACGCUCCCCAACCGUACAGCUUCGCCUGGGAAGUCAAUGAUGCUCCAUCUUACAACAACUACGCCCACUCUGAGAGCAGCGACGGCAAGGUGACGACCGGCUCUUACCGCGUCCUCCUCCCCGACGGCCGCACCCAGGUCGUCACCUACAAGGCUGACAGCUACGGAUAUGUUGCCGAUGUCAAAUACGAAGGUGUGGCCAAGUAUCCGGAAUACAAGCCCGCCGCUUCUUACCCAGCCCCAGCUUACAAGGCCCCUGCUUACACAGAAGAAACUAAUUAGUUGAAAACCAUGUCUCUUUGUAAAAUCAAAAAUCAUUCAAGUGUGGCUCUGCGUAAAUGUCUAUAAUAAAGAACAAUUUUAUCAAAA